CAAUCUAACCUCGUUUUGAUGGUUCGCAAAGCCAAGAAAUUCACUUGGUCAGCGUGAUGCGCUUUGAUUAGUGCAUCACUGGACGGAUGACUUCAUUCUUGUGGAUGGCCACCACGCAAAGAUGCUAAUGAGUAAGCAACAGCCAGACUAUAGCCGCCAUGUUGAAUUUUUUAACUCCUUCACUACCUGCGUGCAUCCAAUCCCAGAUAGCAGCAAAUGGGAGAAGUAAGUGAACAUGUGGAGAUGACACCAUAGCACGUCAAGAAACGCCAUCCUGUGUGGUGUAUGGUCCGGGACAGUUUUUGAUGAAUGGAUGCAUGCAAGGAAGAUGAUGGUGAUGAAGAUUGGCCAUUCAGCUGAACCAGGAAAACAAUAAAGAAGGUUGGGAUUUGGCCAAGCGGUAAUGGACGAUUGCUUGGUAGAAAAAUGAAACAUCAAGGAAGUAUAAAAGGCUGUGGACGAAUCCUUGAAGAUAGGCAGACACAUCCGGUGUACCGUGUUGAGCAGUGUUCUGGCUUCCGGGAGCGGUUUUAUCAUUAUAAGUGUAGGUAGGAUUUCGUUUUUACGGCACCGGAUGAGGCAGUGUGUAGCUCGGGCCGAAUUCUAACGGGCGUGUUUGUGCUUUCAAUCGUUUUACGGUGUCCGUUGAAUCGAGCCAGUUUCUUGUCGCUCAGUGCAUUUAUUCGGAGUGCCUUUCUGUGUAUGUGUGUUUCAAUUUAAAUUCAAAUCAAGAUGUCCUCCAGAAAUAUUCUGCUUCUAAGCGUGCUGUUGAUGGGAAACAUCUACUGGAGUUUAGCCCAACCGAUUACUGUAUAUGAGAUGCUUUGCACGUUUAGACAAGCAGUAGAUAACCCGAACGAGUGUAAAUUUGGAUUUUUUACUAACAUCUGCCAAAAGUUGGACUGCUGGAAGGGUCCGGGAGAAGAGUGCGGUGACAAUAUGUCCGCCUAUAUCCGCUACGGCCAGUGUGCUUCUGGGUUGAUAUGUUGUAACGGUGAAUGCAAGGGUUGUAUCAACGGCAUCUGUAACAGUGAACCAUGUCAUCCACCCCACUCCUUCCAGUUGCGCUCAGAUCCUCAUAUGAUGGAACGCCGCAUGGACCCACUGUACAGGAUCUUCGAUCACUACAACAACAAGUAGUUGGGACGAGUCCACACUCAUACACACAAACACCAGACAUCUCGAUGUGGAAGGAUGAUGUCUUCUCUCAUCGCAUGUUUUGCAUCCCGCCCGCACAAUAUCAUAACAAAGAAAACUAACUGCUUGUCACAGCUACACGAAUUUGCAAUGGUAGCCACUUCAAACGGUAGUUGGAAUGAGAUCAUUUCAGGUCAGUGGUGGCAUACGAAUCAUUUAAUAUUUUAGCCCUAGUGAUGUUACUACUCUUACCUUACAUUCCUUACUACUCUACUCUUACGUUCCAGCAGUGCGCAUUCGCUAAUAUGGAAUAGAAAGAUAGCCUUCAAUAAAGUUACAUCUACAGCCCAGUGAACUCGGUUUCCAACUUACACUCAUAUCAUUUAUCUGAGAAAUUCAAAUGGGAGAAAUAACGGCUACUUCACGUACUAUUUAUACCACUUUGCUCUUCCAGGAUUGAUCUUCUAGAACUCAAAAUAAACCCACUAGAAGCUUUCUUUUCUUAUCCACCGAGAAUGUACCUCGAAUGUCUGGAAACUUGAAAAAAGAAUACCCCGGAAUAGUAUUAUCAGUAGUAGUGAGAGAGCGUAAACUAUCUCAGCUCACAUUCAAAGUUAGAGUAUGCCGUUCUUUGAGUAAACAAUUUAUGAUUUAAUGAAUGAUAUCGUUAAAAAGUAGCGUAUGCAGCACAGUGUUAAACUAUACUCUAGAACA